UGGUGGAAAUAUAUAGGACCAUCAAAUUGGAAGGCCGCUGUACUGAACAUCUGCAAUAUUGGAAGUGCAUUCUAAUCUGACGAGGCAGCAGCAAAAGUUGGACAUCAUGAGGCACCUACUCAUCUUAAUCUUCUUUACAUUUCUGAUCGCCACAUCUGCAUCUGCAUUCAAGCUUCAAGAAAACGAAGGUUCAAUAAAAACAAUUUUCAAGCCUGAGUUGAACGAAGGAGGUGCCAAAGAACUUCUUUUAUUACCAACAUCGGACGUCGUCACAGUGGAAGAGAGCGACAGGGCUAAAUCUUUGGAGAUGUCAAAGAAAGAGAGCGAAGAAUACCUCUUUGGCGGACUGAGUGAGACCUUGAAGAGGGUGGUCGAAGACAUCAAGAAAUCGCUAGAUAAUGUGGGAAAGCACAUGGAAAUCCCACUGUAAUGUAAUUUACCAAGAGCAUCGAUAACCUGCUUACCUCACUGAAAGUGUAACUUAUAAGAUUAUGACUUUGUAUAUGUUCGACUGGUAAUUAAUAAAAAUGCAUCAUUUCUUGAA